GUGUGAGAGAGAGCGAAAGGGAGGAGGAGAACAGGGUGAGCUAAGGGAGGGGGAAAACGGCGUAUGCUUGUAUACAACAACCCCUGAUUUCCAUUUUUUCCCCAACUCGUAAUGUAUUUAAUUCAAGUGAAACGUAAUCAUGACGUGUCCUGUCAUUAAUCCGCCCGCCGCCUCUCCCAGGACUAAAGGAGGUGGCCAUCAAAGCAGUGUGUCCCCCGUCUGCCAAGAAACUGAAACAUGGAAUAGCAGUAAACACACGACUGAGAAUGGAUUCUCCUCCUGAAUGUGUGUUGGCUCUUUCAUGUGAGCUGUCCCAGUCACCCCCAACACUACCAUCGCUGGACCACAGUCCCCAGGCCUCUCCUCACUCUACCUCCCACCUCUCCCCUUCACACAGCCCCCUGGACCUGCCCCUAGCCCAUAGCCCCUCAGCCCUGUCCCACACACCAGAACCCCUGUCGAACACCCUAGACACCACCCCCUACUUCCCCUUCUCCUCCUUCCCCCUCAACCACCACAAUGAGGAAGAGGAGGAGGAUGAAGAGGAGCUGUCAGCACCUCCGUCCCCCACCCCGGCCGUGGCUCUCUUCCUGGGGGGUCUUCCGGAGGUGUGUAGCCCCUCUUCGGAGAGCUCUCCUCCGGUCACUCCGACAUCAUCGGCCCCUCUCCCCGGGUUCGGGGCCCUGGAGCUGGCCCUGUCCUCCGGGCAGCAGGGUGCCACCUGUAGUGAUGAGCUAGACCUCCAGCUCUUCCAUAAGGACGGGGGGAGUCUGUUAGGGUCUCUGCCCGGGAGGAAGGGUGUUUCUAGGGGAGCGGCCGGACUCAAGUUCCCCUGUCUGGUUUGUGGGAAGAGAUUCCGCUUCCAGAGUAUCUUGUCGCUCCACGCCCGCGCUCACAGUCUGGACCGGGACCGCCGCGCCUCAGCUCUUUACCGCAACACAGGCACCAUGACCGGGAGCAUCAUUGGGACGGGGUCCACGGCGCAUCUCAAAGCCCACCAGAACCACAACGACGUGGGACAAAACCACCACAGUCACCGCCAGAGUCCCCUGCUGUCUGUAUCUCUAACCCAGGGACUGAGAGGGGAGGAUGGAGAUGCUCUAGAGGAGGCUCUGCAGAUGGAUCACCAGACCCUCCAGCCGUUCCUAAUGGAUGACAGCACACCGCUGAGCCCUCUGCUGACCGAGGAGGUGCCCCUCUCCCUCACCUCCCCCUACUCCUCUUCCUGCGGCCUGGGUGGCAUGGGUCCUGCCAUCUUAGAAGAAGCCGCCCUGGCCACAGCGGCAGUGCCCGCAUUCCGCUGCCACGCCUGCAAGGGUAAAUUCCGCACGGCCUCGGAGCUGUCUCGUCACGUCCGCAUCCUCCACAACCCGUACAAGUGCACCCUGUGCUCCUUCUCUGCCAGCCAGGAAGAACGCCUGGCCGCACACCUCCACGACAGCCACCCCUCCCUGUCCCUCUCCCCCGGUGGAACUCCCCGCCCUGCCCCCUACACCCCCAGACACCCCAUCAUAACUACCACCACUGCCGUCAUCCCCACACCCAUCCCAGACACUCUCGUUCCCACCCCCAACCCGACCCCCACCCUGGCCCCAGGGGCUCCGCCUCUGCCGGCCUUCCGCUGUGAGACGUGCGGCCAGCGCUUCACCCAGUCCUGGUUCCUGAAGGGCCACAUGAGGAAGCACAAGGAUUCUCUGGACCACAAAUGUCAGGUGUGCGGCCGUGGCUUCAAGGAGCCUUGGUUCCUCAAGAACCACAUGAAGGUGCACCUCAACAAGCUGGGCCUGAAGGCAGGUCUGGGGGGGCUGGUGGCUCCUGUGGCCGGGGCUGAACAUAGAGGCCCCAAAGGCUCUGUCACCAGCCAGGGCCUCAACGCUCUCUACUCCAGUCUCUUGCUGGCUCGUGGUGGAGGGGGGAGAGGGGGGCGAUCAAGGGCUGAGCGGGACGGCGCCGGAGUCUCUAGUAAAUCGGCCAUCUUGGGCUACCUGGGGUUGCCCAGCGAUGGCGGUGGCGGCGCCAGCUGCAUGGAACGGCUGCAGGCCGUGGCUCAGGUGGCGGAGAUGGGGAAUGGGAGCGGAGGAGGAGGGGGAGGAGGAGGAGAGGCAGCGGGAGAUGGAGGGGACCAGAUAGCCAUGUGGCAGCUGGUAGCCCGUAGCCUAGUAGCAGCUCAACAGGCCCAGCAAGCUCAGCAGGCUCAGAGGCAGAACCAGAGGACCCAGCACCUGCACCGAGCCCCAUCCAGGAGCUCCGUGGUGGGGGAGGCUGAGCAGGUCAGGGCCUACCUUGGAGGUCUGGAUCCCCGAGAGGAGCCUCCGUCCUCCGGAGCCCCAUGGGAGUGCCCCGACUGUGGGAAGCUGUUCCGGAGCCUGCAGCAGGUGGUGGCGCACGCCCGCGUCCACGUCCAGCGGCCCCAUAAGAACCACGGUCACCCCCCGCGCUACCCCGGAGGAGGAGAGGAGGACGGAGGAGCGAGCCAGAGUGGGGGAGGACGAGGAGGAGGAGGAGGUGGGAGAGAAGGUAGUAGCGAGGGAAGACAGGAGUCCAAACUUCAAAGUGGACCUCAACAUCAGUCAGCAGCCGGAGGAGGGUUCCACUCAGUGAUGUCACAGUUCCAAGGAGAGAACGGUCUAUCUGGGUCAUCUUCAGGUUCGUCCGUGACUUCUAGGGAGCGUGUGCGAGGCACAGGGGUGAAAGACUGCCCCUAUUGCGGUAAAGCUUUCCGCUCGUCCCAUCACCUUAAAGUGCAUCUGAGAGUUCACACAGGGGAGAGACCGUAUAAAUGUCCCCACUGUGACUACGCGGGAACCCAGUCAGGCUCUCUAAAGUACCAUCUCCAGAGGCACCACAGAGAACAGAGGAAUGCCAUGGGGGCCUCUUCAUCCACCGCCUCCUCCCCCGGCCUCACUUCUGCCUCUCUGGGAGGUGGUGGAGGAGCUCCACGGGGGGAGGGAAGGGAGGGGAUGGCCAAACAGCGCCGGCCCCAGAGCUUCACCCAUGGCUCAGCCGCCAGAACCCCGGCAGAGACCGCAUCCUCCAGGCACAACCAGCACCAGCCCUGGAUCCUGGGCCUUCCCGAGCAGAGAGACAGGGACCAUGGGAAGGCCAUGGGAGGACUGAGGGAGGCAGAUCUGGAGAGCCAGUACCGGUACCUAUCCGGGGUGAUGGGGGCGCUGUACCAGGGGGGGAUGGAGGGAGGGUGGACGGGGGAGUCCCCUACCUCCACCCCCACCCCGCCCCCGCCAAAGGCGCCCAAAGUGUCCCGUCGCAAACCACUCACCACCAGCCGCAUGGUGCCAGCUAACGGGAGGGAGCGGAUGGGAGGGGGAUCAGCUCAGGGCACCCAGGAGGGAGGCUUGUUGUCCCAGCCCCUGGAUCUCUCCCGCCGCCCCUCCCCUGGGCUCGGAGGUCUGGAGGAGGAUGGAGUACCGGGAGGGGGUGGUGGAGGAGGAGGAGGAGCAGGGGUCACCCUUAACCAGUGCCUGUUCUGUCCCUUCCGUACCUGCUCAGCCGAGCUGAUGGCCAUGCACCUCCAGGUCAACCACACCAGCAAGUCCAGGCGUAAGAGGGGGGCCCACAACCCCAGCUCCCUGGGGGAACACGGGCCCCAGAGGCCACCCCAACCCCGGGCUGACCCAGACCCCCUAGCCCUGUGGAGGUACCUGAGCGAGAGUGAAGAUAGGGCCCCCCUCGAGGAAUGGGCCUCAUCCAGGGUGGAGAGGGAGAGAGGGAUGGAGAAUGGCCUCACCCCAGAGGAAGUGGACCUAGAGGGCCGCUACAACCUCCACCACCCCCUGCAGGCUUCUAACCAGGCCUCCACCACACCCAGGAACACAAGGAGUGGCAUCGCUGGCCUGGGGCAGGAAGGCAAGCUGGAGGAGGAUGGGGAAGAGGAGGAAGAAGAGGAGGAAGGAGAAGAGGAGGAUUUGGAAAGGGAGAGCAGUAGUCCAGGGGAUUCCCCUACAGAGCAUGGGAUGAGGAUGUCUCUCUCCAUGUCAACUGCCCUCGGCUCUGACCGUCUUACACGAGAGGAGGAAGCAGUGAUGGGAGACUAAACGGCAACAACAUCAUCCAGAGAGAUGGGGAGAGGGAGUUCAACUAGACAGUGCAGAAGUUUAGGAGUCAAAUGUUAGGGGUCAUUAUAUCACUUCCUUGUUCUCUUACAUACAGCAGUUCAGGGUCAUUGACAUGGUAAGUCCGCUGACAAGUAUAACUAAGGACCACGGACUGAGAUGCAUCUCCAUUGAGAGGGUUGUGUAAACAUCAUCUCUCCUAAGGAAAAAAAUCAUACAUUUUUCUCUCGCCUUUUAAUAUUUACAUCCCGGGAGUUCAGUGUAGUCCUCUUCAUUUUCUCAAUCAACCACAACCCCCCUUGUACAUACAGACAGCGCAGUGUGAAUCCUUUCUCUUCAGGACUUUUGAGGCCUUGAGUUCUAUAUUCCAGAGUUUCCUGUUUUCCAUUCCAUCUCCUACCAAGAGGGCUAAUUGUGAUGAUUUGCUCGAGAUCGUCCUCUGGCUGCUGUUAAGUCUUAACAUUACUAUGUGAGAACAAAUAAACUGUAACAUUCUACCAUUCCGGAGAACACAAAAAUGAUUUUAUCAGACCUUAUACUUCAUGUUUUGAGAAUAAUACUACUUCUAUGAGUAACGUUGUUGAUUAGUUAUACUUUAGCAGAACAAGUGUCAAAAGAAGCCAAACUUCAUCCCAACUAACGUUUAGAUAAGAUACCACUUCUUGUCACGUUGACAUUUAAAUUUCAUAUUACGGUCUGUUCAAGAGCACCGAUUCGAUAACCGUGGUUCAACCACAACCACUCAAGCCGUAAACUCAAACUAAGCUAUCCAGCUGUCUACAACAAAUAACACCACAGGAACAACUUUUUACCAGAUGAAGAUGGCAAUGAUUAGGGAUAAGGUAACCCCUGACCCUGAUAUCACUGCCUCUCAUUGGUCGGAUUGCUGUUCCGAGGUCACCAUGGGAACAGUUUGUCAUUUCCUGUUUUCCCCUCAGUUUAGUGCCUGUCUAUGUUUGGAAUGUCGUCAAGGGAGUUCUACAGUAUAGCCCUCUGUUUCUGGGCUCUUAUAGGACAAUGAUAUCUGAGAAUACAGUAUAAAGCUAAAGUAUAUAUGUAAAAAAUUGGUUCUAGGCUAUUGUGAAUAGAAAUCUGUAGUGUUAAACAAACAGCUGGUGUGGAUCUUUCUCUUUUCACAAGAGACCGGUAGCAUCUCUUAUGUGGAUUCUGUGGGAAAAAAUUAUAAAGCACUUAGUUGAUGAAGAUGAAACAUUAAGAAAUAUUCAUAUGAAUGAAAAGAGGUCAAGGUGAAAGGUCAAUAAGUGAAAAGGGAGGUUAAAGGUCAGAGGUCAGCAUUUACAGCAGAAAUACCAGCGUGUUCAGAGUCAGACGUGGGCUAACGGUUAUUUCUACAUUAUCGUGGUGGCCAACGGACCAUUAAACAAACAGAAACAAAACAAAAGUCUGUUUUGGGGGACACAGGACAGACAGACAAACGGACAGUGCAUCCUGAACACAAUCAGCUGGCACGUCUGGUCAGGUGACCAAGACUCCACGACCGUGUCACACUCUUUCCUUCCAUUCCUUUUAUGAGGAAAAUAACAGAAAAAACAAGGGGAAGGAAAAAUGGAUGAGAGAAAAAGGGUGAGUUCCCUCACAGAGCGGAGGACUCAAGAAAGCAAACUGUUGUAGUCUUGGGGUAGGCCGUCUUUUAGAUGACUAGAUUUCUGUCUUUCUUUCUUUCUUUUAAGUGAAGAAGAACGGGAAAAAAAGAGUAAGCAUUAAAACCAUGAACAAAUCCAUAGAUACAUCCCAGUAGAAUAUGUGUAGCUUUUGUAAAGACAAGAAGAUAAGAAAAAAGGACAAAAAUAACUUUCUAUGUUUAUUUUCAUUUCAAGAAGAGAAGCUUACAGAGAAGGUUAUGAAUAUACAGUAGGUAAUGAUUUUUUAAAAACUAUAAGGCUUGUUGUUGUGAGGAAAAGACUAGUCGGAAUGUCAUGUCUAUAAAGAGCACUGUGCAAGGUUUAUCAUUUCCCAAAGUAGUUGUUUUUAUUUGGACUAUCGAUAGACCAAACUUUUUUUUUUAAAGAAAAUGUAAGGUGUCACUUUCUGUUGGAGUGUAAAGCUGCAGUUCCAAUCCACUCGCCCAAUCAAUCAAUCAAUCAAGCAUUCAAUCAAUCUAUAAUCCAAUCAAAAUAUUAUCAUUGUAUUAUUAAGUGCUUGGAUGAGACUCAAGUUUACAUCACAAUAUAUCAAAAUAUUAAUCUCUGCCAAAUUUUGAUUGAUCAAUUUGUACCAAAGCCACGGUAUUGGUUUAGCGCAUCGUACUACACACAGCAUGUUCUCCACACAGUGAACAAGCAAAUAUUUUAUCAUAAAAACAAUUAAAUAAACGACUUACGAUUGUAAACGUCACUAAAUUAUUUGAUUGGAUAAGUCUUGCCUUCUCGCCCUCCUAACCCCAUUGGUUGACAGCGAGAGCUUGGGAUUGGAACCUAACCCCAUUGGUUGACAGCGAGAGUUUGGAUUGGAACCUAACCCCAUUGGUUGACAGCGAGAGUUUGGGAUUGGAACCUAACCCCAUUGGUUGUAGGCGAGAGUUUGGGAUUGGAACCUAACCCCAUUGGUUGUAGGCGAGAGUUUGGGAUUGGAACCACAGCCUUACUUUUGGUUUAUGUGCAUUAUGUGUUUUACUUCUAUCCUUAUUAGAGCACCUUAUAUGAGUUUAGCAGUUCCCUAAGUGGUGUUUUCUUAAAGACUUAGGUUCCACCCGUAAUGACAUCCUAUUCCCUAUAUGGUUCACUACUUUUGACCAGGACCAUUCCCAUAUAGGUCCUGGUCAAAGUAGUGCACUAUUUAGGGAAUAGGGUGCCCUUUGGGACAAUAACCUGUAGUGUCAAUGCCACCGUGCCUUCUGUGUCAAGCACUUCCUGGAGUUGGUAUUUUGUAAGCUCACCAAAAGCACUUAGCCCACAUCUCUCUUUCCCCUAGUAUAUCACCUAUUUAUUCACCUCAUUCUUCUUGACUUAUUUUAUCCUCUCCUUGUCUGUCACUCCAACUUCGCAGGGGCCAAGUGGGUUGUUGCCUUAUUUGAACAAUUUCUUACCAUCAGACAUAACAUCACUUGGAGGUAAUAUUGCUAGCAUCGCUAGUAGCCCCCAGUGUAGGAAACAAGGUUGAUUUCAGCUAACCCGUGGCAAACCAAAGCCAAAGUUUAAUGGAUAAAUCUUAGAAUUUAGGUGCCAAAACCUGUCCAUGGGGACACUAAACACGUUAAAUUAAGAUAAUAUAAUUCAAUGGUAUUAUCAAGAUAUUAUAUUGUCAUUCUCUCUAUCCUUUUAAUGUAUGUGUACAUCUCUCUUUUCUUCUUUCUCAACUUCCCUAACCUCUCUCUCUUCUUCCUUUCUUCCAUAACCUCUCUCUCUCUCUUCCAUAAUCUGUCUCUCUCUCUCUCUCUCUCUCUCUCUCUCUCUCUCUCUCUCUCUCUCUCUCUCUCUCUCUCUGGCACCAUUAGAAGGUGGUGAUGUGUACUAUCUGGUAUUGAGGCCUUUUAUUCUUAGAUUUGUAUUUUCAAUUUGUGUGAUGUUUGUACGUUUGUUCAUUCGAUGCCCGAUGAGAUGGAGUAACGCUAUUCUUCUUCUUUUUAAAAUGAUUAUUAUUGUUUUGGCAUUAUUAAGGAGAAGAAGAGAAAAAAAAUAAUAAGAAAAAAAAAUGUCUUGUUGAAUGUUGUACAGAUAGCACUAGAGAUGUGUUUUUAACAAGAGAGCGCAAACCCAAGCUCUAGUCCCGCCCACUCCUCCCUCCCAUUGGCAGAUAGGACAAGUGACUUGCCAAGGAUAGUACAAGUGACCCGCCAAUCAUUUAAAUGAACUGCCCUCCAACUGACAAACAUGUUCGAUCCAGUGAAUGAAUCAUGAUCUUAAAUUACCCACAGAAUAUGUCAUAAUGUGAAAAUGUGAAUGUCCCAGACAGUCAAUGGUUCAUCUGAAAUAUUUCCUAAAUUGCUUCUUGCAAGGAAUCUCUCGGAAAUAUGCUAGAAAUCUUUUAACCGGUGCCUAACUACAUUGUUGACCCAUAAUUUCCUAGUUUCACAUGCAUUUUGAAGUGCAGAUGUUCGAGUACUGUUGCAGUGUGUGUGACUGACAUAGGUCAUAGGGCCCUUGUCAAAAGUAGUGCACUAUAUAGGGAAUCGGGUGCCAUUUGGAACAAUGUCUUGUUGGAGAGGUGGAAGGGAGUGCUGGGUUUGGGCUCUCGUGUAGAUGACUGCCAUUGCAGUGAGGGAAAAACUGACCUAACCUAACAUAGUAGUGACUAAUAUGUGGACAGAUUUUUAAAAAACACACACAUUAGAGAUACAUUAAUAAAUGCAAACAAAGGAAAACAA